GGGGGAAGCUCACAAGGCUCGUUGCCGCCACGGCCGCUCAGGCAAAGCCCCUACCCGCCCGGGUCGCCUCCCACCCGCGGAGCUCCGGUGUCCCGGCCCUGCCAUCCUGCUCUCUGCCGCCACUCCCCGCCCAGCUGGCCGCACGCCGGGGGCUGCUUCCUCUCCGCUGCGGGCGUGGAGCUGCUGCUUCGGAGCGCCCGGGGAGCUGUACUGAUGACCAGUCUCUAAGGUGUCACAGACCUGAGACCAUUAGGCUCUCCUGCAGGUGAGGACACGAGUCUGUGUUGGAUGACUGCCUACAACGUGGGGAAGGACUCUCACCUGCAAAUCCCAGUGGAAAAGAGCCACCUGGGUCAGGUGGAGGCAAGAUGGGUCCCAAGGGCAGGCCGAGCCCCUCAUCCCCACUGGCCCCCUCCCAGGGGUCUUGCUUCUUCAUCCUCUUUUGCUUACGCUUAGGUGCCUCCUGCCCACAGGCCUGCCAGUGCCCUGACCAUGCUGGGGCUGUGGCUGUCCAUUGCAGCUCAAAAGGCCUGCAGGAGAUCCCUAAGGACAUCCCAGUGGACACGGUGCUUCUGAAGCUAGAUGCCAACAGAAUCUCCCGAGUCCCCAAUGGAGCCUUCCAGAACCUGCCACAGCUGAGGGAGCUGGACCUGUCCCAUAAUGCCAUCGAGGCCAUUGGGCCUGCAGCCUUCUCAGGUCUAGCUGGGGGCCUGCGGCUUCUGGAUUUAUCUCACAAUCGCAUCCGAAGAAUUCCCAAGGACGCACUGGGCAAGUUGAGUGCCAAGAUUCGCCUGUCCCACAAUCCACUGCACUGUGAGUGUGCCCUACAGGAGGCCCUGUGGGAGCUGAAACUGGACCCUGACUCUGUGGAUGAAAUUGCCUGCCACACCUCAGCACAGGAGCAGUUUGUGGGGAAGCCGCUGAUCCAGGUCUUGGACUCGGGCGCCAGCUUUUGCAGUACCCACCGGAAGACCACCGAUGUGGCCAUGCUGGUCACCAUGUUCUGUUGGUUCACUAUGGUGAUUGCCUAUGUCGUGUACUACGUGCGCCACAACCAGGAGGAUGCCAGGCGACACCUGGAGUACCUGAAGUCCCUGCCUAGUGCGCCAGUCUCCAAGGAACCUCUUAGCCCUGUGCCCUAGAGCCUGCCUCCGGUGGGCCCCUGAGCCUGGCUGCCCUGGUUUCUGUAGCAGGUGGAGGUGAUGGUGCUCUUGUGUUCCCAGGGAGGCGCACUAUAGCUGCUUCUGCAGUCCCCAAAGCACCUUCAUUGGCAUUUGGUCCCUGCAGCUUCUGCCUACACAGUAGACUUGCCCAUCUUAAUGGGUAGGUAAACUGAGGUUUAGAGAAAUGGAAUACCUUGCCCGGGCUGGAUUCAGCUGUCACUUAAACCCAGGCUGUUUGUAGUGUAGGUCUGUGACUCCUCUGAUCUAUCUGCCAACGUUUUCCCGAGGUGCUGUGGGAAGUGAAUAUUUGUACACGAAAGGACGGGGCCCUGGUGGGGAGAUGGCUGCGGCAUUGUCAAUCAGAGGCACCAGCAGCUUUGCCACUGGGGAAUGGCACACUCUGUUUACCCUUGCCCUCCCAGGACAACUGAACACAGAGAUGCUGCCCUUUCCCAGACCAAAGCACUGGCAAUCUAGGCCUUUCCAGAGAGGUCAGUGAAAAGUACAGCCUGCACUGACCUUUGUCCUGAGAGCGCUUGAGUUGCCCUUGUGCCAAAAGAGGAACAUGAGAAAGGUCCAGCAUGGGUUCACCGUGGCGGUGUUGGCUGCCAGACAACCUCUCCUGCUUCUGCCACUCCCAUCUGUGCCUGGCCAGUGGAGGCCUGUCAAUCACAGCGGCUCCUGUGCCUUGCUUUUCUACUGCCGAGAUCUAAAGCAGCUUUUUCAAAGGAGGAGGGACUGGUAUUGGAGGUUUCCAUGCCAAUCGACAGGACACUGCUUUUCUCUGGCAACAAGAACUCUUCACCUCGCUGAAAUCCCAGAGUUACUUCAUUGAUCAGUUUUCUUAUCUAUCAUUACUUCACGUUUCAGGGGUAGAUGUUACAGCCACCUACUUGACAAACUUCCAGUUUUAUUAUUU